CUUGAGCAAGAGAGAGGAGGAGGCUUGAGGCUCUAACAGAGACAAUUAGUUCUUAAUUUAGGGUAUGGAUCCAUCAAGCUUUGCCAACCAAUGGAAUCAGUUGAGCUAUCUAAAUCAGCAGCAGAUAUUGCCUGCAAAUAUUAGUGGAGAUCAUGACUUCCAACUACUUAACCCCACAGAGAGUGCUGAAAAUAUUUCCAUCAAUCCCUGUAUUAUGAAGCCUAUGCUCACUUCUUUCUCUACUUGCUCACCAAUUGAAGCUUCUCCCAAGAUAACAUACUCUCAAGAAAGGCCGAAGAAAAUCCCAAAGAUGAUAAGUUGGAGUUCUUGUGUCGAGCAACUUCCGAUUAACUUGGUGCCGAAAGAAGAGAUAUCGAUAGGGUUUCAUUCAAUUCAAGAUCAAGGUUUGAAGAGUAGUAGUAGCCAAGGGUUGAGGCCGGCUCAUGCUCAUGAGCAUAUUAUCGCAGAGAGGAAGAGGAGGGAGAAGCUUAGCCAGCGUUUUAUAGCGCUUGCAGCGGUUAUCCCUGGAUUAAAGAAGGCUGACAAGGCUUCAAUUCUUGGAGACGCGGUCAAGUACGUUACAGAGCUCGAGCAGACUCUGAAAUCCCUCCAAGAUCAGAAAACAAAAAAGAUAGUCGAGUCUGUGGCCAUUAAUAAAGACCACACUCUCUCUACAAAUAACAAUGACAGUUCAACUGGAGGAAGUUCAUUAGUAAUAUGUUCCCGCUCUGAUGAGAAGCCGAAUCAAAAUCCAUCAGGGGAUCUCUCUCCAGAAAUUCAAAUAAGGUUAUAUCAGAAAACAGUUCUCCUGCGAAUCCACUGCGAGAAUCAAAAAGGACUUCUACUGAAAAUUCUGUCAGAGCUCGAGAAGAUUCAUCUUACAGUCACCAAUGCUAAUGCUAUGCCCUUCGUCGGAACAUUUCUUGAUAUAACUGUGACUGCAGAGGCAAGCUAUAUACAUACCAAGUCACACAUGCAUGUGUGCGCAGACACUCACACAAAGAAUCUUGGAUAUGAGUUGUUAGUUCAUUUAGCAAGAUGAAUUAUAGAGAAAUAGAAAUGAUGAGGUGAUCUGCCUACUCUGACGUGACUAGCGGGACAGACAUUAUCACUGCUCUAUUUCUUGAUUGUUCAUUAGCAAAAUGAAAUGUCUUCUCAUAGCUACUUUUUCACAUUAUACAUACACGCAUAUACAUAUACAUGAUAAACAUGUACAAAUGUACACAUAUAUACAUAUACACACAAACGUAUGCAUACUUGCCUACCUACCUACCUAAAUACAUACAUGCACACAUGCAUAGAGACAUAUACAUAUACAUAUAUACAUAC